UCUCACUUUUACUUAUUUUAUUGCAAUAGAUUAACGCACUAGUGAAAAUGCGCAUAUAUUCACACAGACUUACGAAUGCAAGCAAAAGUGAAGGUUCUAUGAGACUUUAAGUUUCCAGAGAUUACCUACAACAAAGAGAAAAUGGCAGUUCCUGGAUUAACAACAGCUCUGUAUUUGUUUGCGAUAAUGUCAAUGGCCACGGUGGUUGUUAUUUUAGCUCAUUUCUUCUCAGCGAAGAACGAGAUCUCGUUCGCCGUUGUCUACAUUUGGAAAACAACGGUUCUCGUCUUUGCAUUAAUUUCAAUGAUAUGGCUUACAAUAUUAAGAAAAAACACAAAUCAUCUCAAGGAAGUACCUGAUCAAAGUCGCCGCAGCGCCAGUAAGAUAACACGUGAUGGAAUUCUACUUUUAUGCGGAACCGGAAGUGGAGUUUUGCCGCUAUAUGAGGCAUGGCAGGAUUUCCCAUGUACGAGUUCUAAAAUAGAACUCACAUUUUAUAUAUCGAAAUUCAUUUCAUUAGUACUGUCGGGUAUCUUUUUUCUUCUAGAGUUAGUUUUCCUUGCUUGCUUCAGAAAAUACAGGUGUAAUAGCGGCCGUGCCAGAGUACUUGUAUCAGUUAUAUUUUCUGCAAAUGUAUGUAUGCUCACAAACUUUAUCCUUAAUAUCAUUCGUGCUUCAAACACCAAUACCAAGCAACUAAAUUUGGGAAACAGGGCAGAAGAUUAUACGGAAGUGUUGGUGUUUUCCUACUGUGAAAAUAAGACGGAACAUCUUGACAACACCACUACCGUGGCGGAACAACUGUACAAAUACACAAACACUUUCGUUCUCGAAUUCGGACUGUUCGCUUUAGGUAUUCUAGGACCAGUGUGGAACGUCAUCGCUCAGACACCCGACAGAAACAUAAAUCGUGCCGGCAGCAAUGAUGACGUUUCAAGCGUUGGAAAUCCAAGCUACUACGACGACGACGAUGAUAACGCAUUGAUAACACACAAUGGCAUACUAGUAGAUAACGCACAAUCUUGGAGAUUUAGAAUGGUAAAGGCACUGAAAAAGACCCUGAUUUUCGUGUCAAAGCAUUCGUUUAUAUUCACCUUGUUACUCGUUUUACCAGUUCUAGGCUUCCACGUCUAUUCUGACGUUCACAACUUGGUGAACAAAAAUUCUGACAUCGUUUUAGAAAAAUUUAUAAAGAACGAAACAUUUGAGCAGGGAAACUAUUACGUACAGACUGGCUAUAAUUACAUCGUUAGCAUUAUACCUUUUAUAGGAUAUUUGAUAGCAAGGGGCAGCGAUAUUUCUUCCUGGUGUCUUAAUUCCGACAACGUUCUUCUAGUUGCAAGUGGCUGUGGCCAUUUACUGCUGGUGCUAUUCGAGACCGCCGACAGCAUCGCGGGCUUCCUUUCCAGUACUGAUCAAAGUGAAAUUGCAACGGAAAUUAUGUAUUUUGUGAAAAUUCUUUUCCAUUACAUAGGCAUUUACUUUCAAAUAAUGAUUAUCACGAAGGCUCGUGCGAUUGCCAAGGACCAAAGCAAACGACAAAGAAACAAGCGUCUUUUUAUCAAUGGUAUAAUCAUAUUCCUAGGUGUGUGUAACAUGGAGCGUUGGCUAGCGGACAGUUUUUUGCCUCCAAUAAAUUUAAGUUAUGUAAAUGAUAUACAAAAUGAAGACACGUUGGGUGUCAAAAACUGGUGGUUUAUUACGGAAUUUUUGUUUCCGGUUGUGGCCUUUUAUAGACUUCUGUCAGCGUUAUUGUGUUUUGAAGUGAGAGAUCUUUUUCAUGAAGCUGGUAUUUGAAUGUUCAUACCGAUUUUACGUCACAAUCAAAAUCGCAUUAAACAUAUAUGUACCAAAACAUGCCUUGUGAAAAAUAAAGUGCUGUGUCAGUGCGUGAACUUUAGCUUUCCUAAUGCCGUGCUAAAGAAGUGUACAUGAUGACGAUGGUGCAUUUAAAAUGAAACAGUUUUAUCGGAGAUCAUAUUUAACACAAAACCAAAUAGGUAAAAAAAACGAAAUGGUUUAUACGCGAUAUUUAUUGCAUAUUUUUUGUAUAAAAACACGGAAUGGUUUAUAGUUAUAGACGAUUUUUUAUUGUACAUAUUUUGUAAUGGUCAGAAUGGAAAAACAUCUUUUUUCAGUUGAUCAGUACAAGACUUCAUAUUCAUUAGUUCUUUGAUAAAUACGAGGGUUAAAACCGUGAGGCAUAAUGCCAAUGGAGUCAUAAAUUGUGAAUAAUGAAAAAGACAACACAACAAGAAUACUUAAAUAUGUGUAAUUUAUGGUCUUAAAAUAUCAUAAAGACAUUUAUCAAAUUUGUAUUUUUCUCAGCAUUAAAGGAUUAUAAAUACUUCUCUCUCCAAUCACUUGCAUUCC